AUGCUUGCCUUACGCAUGGCAUGUUCAACAGAUGUUUGCGAAAUUAAAGAAUUGUUAAAACAACGUGAUGGACUCAAUGAAGUAAAACCUCUUAUAUCUGAAUUGAGAAAACAGCUUAAAGAAAUUCAUAGCAAACUCGACAAAUUCAACAAUUAUGUAAAAAAGCUUGAUGCAUUGAACGAAGCAGCUAUAAUUGUGAAAACGAACCAAGAAGAAAUCCAGACAAAUCUGGAUAUUGAAACAAAAGAAUGGAAAGAAACCAAAAAGAAGUUGUCAGCUGCAUCAAUUUUAGGAAAAGUGACAUUAAAUGUUGGUGGAGAUAAAUUUCAAACGACUGUGGAAACACUUACCAAAGAGAAUGAUACAUUUUUCACAGCGCUAUUUUCACAACAAUGGCAGCUGGAAAAAGACGAAGAAGGAAGCAUAUUUAUUGAUCGAGAUGGUAAACUAUUUGCCUACAUACUAAGAUAUUUUAGAACUGGAGAACUAGAACUUGAUGAUCGUUCAUUGCGACGAGACUUGAUAACUGAAGCAAAAUUUUACAGCUUAAAAGGAUUAUUAGGUAUUCUAACUGAGGCGAGACAAGAUAUAAUGGCAAAAAAUCAAAAGGAUAAGAUUAUGGAGUUAAGCCAGAGCCAGAAAUUGUUUGAUAGUUAUAUCUUGAUGUCAAAUCAACAGUUGAAACUGGAUGAAUUUUGCGGAAGUAGUGGUCGACGAUGGAAGCUACUUUUUAGAGGUACUAGAGAUGGAUUUACAGCAAAACACUUUCAUCGUUUAUGCGAUAGGCAAAAGCCGACUAUCACUGUUAUUCAAUCGAAGCCCCAACAAUGGAUUUUUGGCGGAUAUACUUCCAUACCUUGGACGUCGGAGCGAAGUGAUAAAGUAGAUCCGCAUGCAUUUUUAUUCACACUAGAAAAUCCUCAUGGAAUUCCACCAACUAAAUACCCAGUUAAAGAGGACUGUGUUCGCUAUGCCGUUCGACAUAGUCCGUCAUGUGGUCCGACAUUUGGGACUGUUAACUCGGACGGCAGUGAUCUUUGUAUUUUCUAUGGUGUAGAUCAGUCGAGCUGCACGUAUUUUCCACGCGCUUAUUUGGAUUUAACAGGAAAAGAAUACUAUGAAGAAAUAUUGGAAAUUGGUCGACAACACUUUCCAGCAAAUUAUCGUUGUUUCGGUAUCACGUAUUCAACUAUGGGAAUAAUGUGUGGUAGAAAAGGGGAUAUUGAAUAA